UUUGCGCAGUGCGCACAAAGAAAAACUAAACCACGGUCGAGACUGAGAGAAGAAAAGAAAUCUAACUUUUUUUAGUCUUUGGAUGUGGAAUAAGUGAAUCCUAGACAUGUCUUUAGCAUUCAUGCCUCCUCGUCAGAGGGGAAAAUCUGUUCCCGAUCAAGCAACGAUCCAGAAGAUGUUAGAUGAAAAUAAUCAGCUUAUCCAGACAAUCUGUGAUUACCAGAAUAAAGGAAGAGCAUCUGAAGCUUCACAGUAUCAGCAAAUCCUCCAUCGUAAUCUUGUCUACCUUGCCACGAUAGCUGACUCUAACCAAGGAAUGCAGCAACUUCUUCCUGCUCCCAAUCAAGGCAACAUGCCUCCAAACCAACAGUACCCAAAUUCAAUGCAAGGAGGAGGAGGCAGUAACUCAAACAUGCCUCCUGGUCCUGUGGGAAUGAGUGGUGGACCCGCUACUGUGGGUAAUAACAGUAGUGGUGGAGGUGGUAGUGGAGGAAAUAGUGGUGGUGGUGGACCCCCUACUAGCGGUGGACCUACACCCCCAGGACGUACCCCUGUGAGUAGCCAGUCACCGUCUACCAGUAGCGCACCUCCGCAAGGUGCUACUCUAAUGCAGACACCGCCCCCGCAGCAGAUGGCCAAUGGACCCAUGCAACCUCCACCGGUCACGUCAGCUAGUGUCAACUCGCCACAAAUGCAAGUACCUAGCACUCGCAAUGAUCAUCUGACCACAUCUAAUGCAGUAAGUGGGACUGGUCAUUCAAAUGCACCCAGUGAAAACUUUCUCUCUGCCAACACCGGAAGUACCAGUGGUGGUGAAUCCAGCAGUACUUCUGGUGGUAGUGGCGGUAGCAAUGUUUCUACCUCAUCUUACAACAAUUCACCAUCCAGUGGCUACCACCCAAGCACCAAUACAAUCACCAGGCAUCAAUCUCAAGGAGGAAUGAUGCAACCAGGUCCAGCACCACCUCCUCAGUCUCAGGCUGACCAACCACCCCAGCAGCAAAUGCAACAACAACAACAGCUGCCCCAGCAACAACAACAGGCACCUCAGUCCAACAUGGGUCCACCCCAAUCAAUGGCACCACCAACGCCAAACCAGCAGCCACAACAACAACAACAACAGCAGCAACAACAACAACAUGCACAGCAAUCCAACAUGGGUCCACCCCAGUCAAUGGCACCACCAACGUCCAACCAGCAGCAGCAGCAACAACAGCCACAGUCCAGUAUGGCUCCACCUCAACCACCACAACAGCAGAGCAUGGGACCACCAAGUCAACAACAACAGCAAACACAUCCCAACCAGCAACCCAAUAUGGGCUACUCACAACAAGGAAACAUGGGAGUGCCACCUCAAGCGAGUAUGGGACCUCCACAACCACCCAACCAGCCCCAACACCCCCAGCAACAAGGCAACAUGGGUCCACCACAACCUUCGAACAUGGGACCUCCGCCACCACAACAGGGCAGCAUGGGACCGCCUCAGUCUAUGGGACCACCGAGCCAGCAGCAGCAGACACCGCCCCAUCAACAACAGGCACCGCAGCACUCCGUCAUGCCACCACCUUCCCAGCAGCAGCAGCCAGGCGGACCACAAGGACCGUCACCACCACAGUAUCCAGGCAAUAUGCCACCCCAACGUUACCCAUCCCACCACCAGCAGGGUAUGAUGGGUGGACCACAGGGCCCAGGAGGUGGAGGGGGGCAAGGUGGUCAGAUGAUGAUGGGUGGAGGGGGGCAACAACAGAUGGGAGGUUACAGACAACCAUCACAAGGAUCAACUAAAAGCAAAGAACGGAAAGGAGAUUCAAGGACCGCAAGCAGAUUACAAAGUCAGCCAAUGUACAAUCAGAUGCCUAACUACAAUCAGCAGUACCCAUCCAAUGGACCUCCUCCUGGUGGAUACUCCCAGAUGGGUCAAAGACAACCCUAUCCUCAGCAGAACAACAUGCCACCACCUACCAGUCAGUAUGGUAACCCACAGCAGGGAGGAGGCUACGGCAACUACCCAGGACAGGGUCAGGGUCCACCUGCACCCCAUCAGGCUAGGUAUGGCUACAACCAAGGAGGACAACCUGGACCCCCGCCCCCACAGAGUCAAGGUGGUGGUGGUGGUGGCGGUAGUGGAGGGGGGUAUGGAGGGUAUAACCAAGGCCAAUAUCCCGGAGGAUAUCAGCAGUAGAGGACUUACAAGAGGAUGUUACCUGUUCAUCCAUUCUUCCAUUGUUACACUUGUCGGAGCUGCUAAGGGCUAUUGGUUUAUCGAGAAGACUCCUGGAAUAUCAAACACUUUUAGCAUCAAAGCUAUUCAUUUCAAAAUUUCAUUAUUUAUUGACUGAUUUCCUUGAUUGGAUCGUGUGAAAUUGAGAAAGAUGUACCUGAUUUCCUAAUAGAUUCUCCCUUCCAGCAACUCUAAAAUGACCAUUUAAAGUGUUCAUGAGGAUGGA